AUGUCAUUAGUCAGUGUGGUGUACAAAUUUAGCACCUAUAAAGCCAAGGCAGAACCCGGUUGCGUGCUGAACGAAGUGCUUCAAAAGAGUGUUGUUCAUUUUAAAGUGGAAUCGGAGAAUAAGUCAUGGAUCCUAACUCACCACGGCAAGGAAUUGCCCCUAACUGUACCUCUGAGACUGUUGAAUCUUCCCAAAGGCGCCAAACUGGAGCUGAACCAUUGUAUCGAGAAAGCAGCAAGCGAAGCGAAAAUGUUUAGGGUUAAAUUCCAAGUUUUGGGUAGAGGUGUGGAAGUUGUCGCAGUUCAGCAAUCCGAUAGUAUCAUUAAAACAAUUGAAAACAUCUGCGAGAAAAAUAGUUGGACCCUUGACCCCCAAGUUUUGAAAUUGCAGUGUUUUUCGAAAGUUUGGAACUAUGAAGCCCUUGUGACUGCCUCUUUCGCUCAUCUCGGAAUAUUGGAAGAUGUAGCUGUAAGACUGACCAUAUCGAACUCUGUUGUGCCUGCGAAACCCUCAGUGGAGAAAACACCUUCCCUAGUUGAAUACAAAAAGGAUCACACACCGCCCCAAAUUGCUGAAAAGCCACUUCUGCAUGAAGUCUUGGCGUAUGUACCAAAUGAGACGCCUUCGACAGCCACUAAACAGAAUGUGGCGGAUGAAGAUUAUGAAGUCUCAAUAGGGCAGUUCAAGAGCUAUCAAAGAACAAUCUCGAAGAGCGCUGGUAGUAAUGAACUGCUUACCAAACGCAUGCGCGAGGAACAAGAAAAUGCUAAAAAGCAUGUUAUAGACCAGUGCAAUAUAAGAGUUCGAUUUCCAGACCGUGCUUGCAUUGAUAUCAACUUCAAUCCAGACGAGACCAUGAAUUUGGUCUAUGAGGCCAUAAAAAGGUGCUUAGCGGACAGAACCGUAUCUUUUAGACUGUAUUACUCUCACCCACACAAAGAGAUUGAGGACAGUGAAGCAAAACUGGUCGCAGAUUUAGGUUUUGGAUCGAAAACACUCUUGGUUUUCGAAACUAAUCAUAAGGGACCAUAUCUAAAGGAAGAGCUUCUACAAAAAGCUAAGACUCUGGCAGAUGCUCAAAGUGCCGCAUUGCAAGAGCAACGUGGAUCCCGAACGAACGAACUUGGUGAGGAAACAAGUCACGCACAAAGUAAUAAGGUAGGGGAAAGUUCCGUCAAAUCUUCUGCAGGGCUGCGAAUGGGCCAGAAGCCCAAGUGGCUAAAGCUCGGAAAAAAAUAG